CUUAUUUCUCCCACUCCCUCUUAUCGUGUCUUUGUAGCCCUCCCCCCUCUUUUCGAAAUUGUCUCCUCGGUCCUCCUGUUGCAGCAGCAAGGAACGCCUGUGACUAAUAACUUGUCUUCAUGUGAAGAUGAACACAUUGACGUUCGCGAAAACGUCUUUAAAGAACUUGUAGUCAUUUUAGAUUUUUUAGGACGUGACAAUGAAAGGAUACAAGAGAAGACAAGAUGAAGGCCGUUCAUCAUCGAGAAAGUCUAAGAAAGCCAAAACCCAAUCUCAAGUGGAUUCAGAUGAAGAUUUUGAUGAAGAGGAAACAGCAGAAGGAGAUAUUGUCCCAAAGUCAUCCGCUGCAGCUGUACAGGAGACUGAAGCUGAAGAUGAGUUUGGAGCCAAAGAUUACAGAAAACAGAUUGAAUUAAAGCCUGACCAUGCCUCUAGACCUCUCUGGGUGGCCCCAGAUGGACAUAUAUUUCUGGAGUCUUUUUCACCUGUUUACAAGCAUGCCCAUGACUUCCUUAUUGCUAUUUCUGAGCCUGUCUGUCGGCCUGAACAUGUUCAUGAGUACAGGCUGACAGCAUACUCACUUUAUGCGGCUGUGUCAGUAGGAUUACAGACAAAUGAUAUCAUUGAGUACCUGAGACGGCUUAGCAAAACCACUAUUCCAGAUGGCAUCAUUCAGUUUAUUAAGAUGUGCACUUUAAGUUAUGGCAAAGUCAAACUUGUUCUAAAGCGGAACCAGUACUUUGUGGAAAGUUCUCAUGCUGAUGUUCUGCAAGCUCUACUCCGUGAUUCAAAAAUCCAGCAGUGUAGAAAAAGAGCAGCUGAGGAAGAUGAGGCAGAUCCCACAGGACAGAAGGAUGUGAUGGUAGUUCCCAAUGUCAAGAAAAAGUCUGUGUUAAAGUUCAACACACCUUCUGAGGCUAAUGGGGAGUCAAGUCAAGGACCUUCAUCAUCACAGGACAAACCAGGAGAAGAAGAAGUAUCAAUUCCAACUGACAUAUCAGAUUACCUGGAAAAGAUUGACCAAGAUGAAGAUGAAGAAGAGGGUCAAACGUUCUCCUUUGAGGUGGCCCAAGAACAGAUCGAAGUACUCCAAAGAAGGUGCAUAGAGCUAGACUUCCCCCUGCUUGCUGAGUAUGACUUCAAGAAUGACACCCUGAACCCUGACCUCAAUAUGGAUUUAAAGCCAACUACUGUCCUUCGACCAUACCAGGAAAAGAGCCUGAGGAAGAUGUUUGGGAAUGGGCGAGCUCGGUCUGGAGUAAUUGUCCUCCCUUGUGGUGCUGGUAAAACCUUGGUGGGAGUGACGGCCGCAUGUACUGUCAGGAAAAGGUGUCUUGUUCUAUGCACUUCGGGGGUGGCUGUUGAGCAGUGGAAAAAUCAGUUCAAGCUGUGGUCAACUGUUAAUAGCCGGAUCAUUUGCUGUUUUACUUCAGAUGCCAAAGAUAAACCAACAGAUUGCAGCAUUGCGAUUUCCACUUACUCGAUGGUAUCCCACAUGGGAAAGCGUUCAUGGGAAGCCGAGCAGGUGAUGAGUUUCUUGCAGUCUCAAGAAUGGGGAUUGAUGAUUUUAGAUGAAGUUCACACAAUUCCAGCCAAACAGUUUAGAAGAGUUUUGACUGUUGUCCAGGCUCAUUGCAAGCUAGGGCUGACGGCCACGCUUGUCCGAGAGGAUGAUAAGAUACAGGACUUGAACUUCCUGAUUGGCCCGAAGUUGUACGAAGCGAACUGGAUGGAGCUGCAAAACUCAGGGUUUAUCGCUAGAGUGCAGUGUGCAGAGGUGUGGUGCCCAAUGACGCCCGAGUUCUACAGUGAAUAUCUAAAUAUCAAGACGAGAAAGAGAAAGCUUCUUUAUGUCAUGAAUCCGAAUAAGUUUCGGUCGUGCGAGUUUCUUAUUCGCUAUCAUGAGCGGCGCAAUGACAAAGUGAUCGUCUUUUCCGAUAACGUCUUCGCCUUGAGGAACUACGCCAUAAAGCUACAAAAGCCCUUCAUUUAUGGCCCCACGUCCCAGGGCGAACGUAUCAGUAUUCUACAGAACUUUCAGCAUAACCCACUGGUCAACACAAUAUUCAUAUCCAAAGUAGGGGAUAACUCGUUUGACCUGCCGGAAGCGAAUGUCCUAAUCCAAAUAUCUUCUCACGGAGGAUCCCGUCGACAGGAAGCUCAAAGGCUUGGUCGAAUUCUCAGGGCGAAAAAAGAUAUGGCCGCGGAAGAGUACAACGCCUUCUUUUACACUCUGGUAUCAACGGAUACGGAGGAAAUGUACUACUCCAGCAAACGCCAGAGAUUUCUAGUCAACCAAGGGUACAGCUUCAAGGUGAUCACGAGGUUGGCUGGAAUGGAAGAGGAAAACCUCAACCUAUCGUCUAAAAAAGAGCAGCAUGAACUUCUACAGAAGGUGCUUGCCGCUAGUGAUGUUGACGCCGAAGAGGAGAAGACUGCCGCUGAUUUUGGACAGAAGGGAGGCGCAGUGUCAAGACGAGUGGGAUCUAUGGCGUCCAUGUCGGGGGCUGAUGAUAUGAUUUAUCUGGAGUAUAAAUCCUCCAAGUCCAAGCUGGCAAGACAUCCACUCUUCAAGAAGUUCAGAAAAUAACGCGCCUAGUAUCUAAGGACAACUGCUUAAUACGUGGAAGUGAGGGUAACCCCUCACUUUUCUCGUGUACAUGAUAUUUGUAGCCUGCGUUCAUCCGGUUUACAAUAGAAUUUUUAAAGCCUGGUGCACGCAUGCUAAGUAUUAGACUCUAUGGAUUAAGUGAAAAGUAAAUAAAACACUUUUAUUGUU